AUGGACGCCCUGUGCGGCUCCAAGUUCUGGGACGCCAAUCGGUCCGUGCACACCGACGACCCGGACCUCACUCCCUGUUUCCAGAACUCCCUGCUGGCCUGGGUCCCCUGCAUCUACCUGGGGGCCGCCCUGCCCUGCUACCUCUUCCAUCUGCGGCACCAUCACCGAGGCUACGUCAUCCUCUCCCCCCUCUCCAGGCUCAAGACGGCCUUGGGCGUCCUGCUGUGGUGCAUCUCCUGGGCUGACCUCUUCUACGCCUUCCAUGACCUGGUCCACGGCUGGGCCCCCGCCCCCAUCUUCUUUAUCACCCCGUUGCUGGUGGGGGUCACCGUGCGGCUGGCCACUCUGCUAAUCCGGCAUGAGUGGCUGCAGGGGGUACAGUCCCCGGGAGUCCUCAUCAUCUUCUGGUUCCCGUGCGUGGUCUGUGCCGUUGUCCCCUUCCGCUCCAAGAUCCUGUCAGCCGUGGCAAAGGGCAAGACCUCAGACCCCUUCCGCUUCGCCACCUUCUACAUCUACUUCGCCCUGGUGCUCUUCGCUCUCAUCCUGUCCCGCUUCAGGGAGCAGCCGCCAUUCUUCUCCCCAAAGAAUGCCGACCCUAACCCCUCCCCAGAGGUCAGCGCUGGCUUCUUCUCCCGCCGGUCUUUCUGGUGGUUCACAAAGAUGGCCAUCCUUGGCUACCGGCGCCCCCUGGAGGAGCAGGACCUCUGGUCCCUGACCGAGGAGGACCGCUCGCAGGUGGUGGUGGACAGGCUGAUGGAGGCAUGGAAGAAGCAGCAGAAGCAGGCAGCGCGACACAGGGCCGCGGUGGCAUCUGGGAAGAGUGUGUCCGGUGAGGAUGUGGUGCUGCUCGGGGGCCGGCCCAGGCCCCGGGAGCCAUCCUUCCCGCGGGCCGUGCUGGCCACCUGUGGUUCCGGCAUCUUCAAGAGCAUCUGCUUCAGGUCGACCCAGGACCUGCUCUCCUUCGUCAAUCCGCAGCCGCUCAGCAUCCUGAUCAGGUUUAUUUCAAACCCCGUGGCCUCCACCUGGUGGGGUUUCCCGGUGGCCGGGCUGAUGUUUGCAUGCUCUGUGACUCUGCUCUCACAACAGUAUCUCCACUGUAUCUAUGUGAUGGUGUUGAGGCUUCGUUCGGCGAUCACAGGUGUCAUCUAUAGGAAGGUCCGCUGGAACAGGGUGCCGCGGGGCCUGGGUGUGAGUCUGACUCUCCUUGGCUGGCCGGCUGUAGUCGCCUUCCUGUGCCUCUGUCCGUCUGUGGGGGUCUGUGCACAUUCUUUAGGUAUUUGUCUUAUCGAUCCACCCAUGCCUCCUCAGAACCUGGGUCCUUCCAUCUUGGCUGGGGUGGCUUUAAUCGUCUUGCUGGUCCCACUCAACGGAGCUGUGGCCUUGAAGAUGCGUGCCUUACAGGUAGGCCAAAUGAAAUUCAAGUGCACCAAGCUGAUGAGUGAGAUCCCGGGUGGCUUCAAGGUGCUGAAGCUGUAUGCCUGGGAACCCGUUUUCUUGGGGAAGGUGGAGGGCCUCCGGGAGGACGAGCUCCGGAUGCUACGCCAGUCUGCCUACCUCCAAGCCAUAUCCACGUUCACCUGGGUCUGCACCCCCUUCCUGGUGACCCUGAUUACCCUUGGGGUCUAUGUGUCCGUGGACCAGAACAACGUGCCUGAUGCCGAGAAGGCCUUUGUGUCUGUGUCCCUGUUCAAUAUUUUAAAGACUCCCCGGAACCUGCUGCCCCAGAUAAUCAGCGGCCUGGUCCAGAUCAGUUUGUCUCUGAAACGGAUCCAGCAUUUCCUGAGCCAAGAUGAACUUGACCCCCACUGUGUGGAAAGAAAGACCAUCACCCCAGGUGAGAGGUUGGGGAAGGAAAUCCCAAUCCCUACCUCUGCCUGGGUUCCUGGACUCCUUGCCCUCAGUCUAGACAUCCAGGGGCCGAAAGGGGCACUGGCGGCUGUGGUGGGGCCUGUGGGCUGUGGGAAGUCCUCCCUGGUGUCUGUCCUGCUGGGAGAGAUGGAGAAACUGGAAGGCCCGGUGUGUGUGAAGGGCUCUGUGGCCUACGUGCCCCAGCAGGCAUGGAUCCAGAAUUGCACUCUUCAGGAAAACAUACUGUUUGGCCGAGCCCUGGACCCCAAGCGGUACCAACAGGCUCUGGAAGCCUGUGCCUUGCUAGCUGACCUGGAGAUGCUGCCUGCCGGGGACCAGACGGAGAUUGGAGAGAAGGGCAUUCACCUGUCUGGGGGCCAGCGACAGCGGGUGAGUCUGGCCCGAGCUGUUUACAGGGAAGCUGACCUUUUUAUGUUGGAUGACCCACUGUCAGCUGUGGACUCCCAUGUGGCCAAGCAUCUCUUUGACCAAGUCAUAGGGCCCGAAGGUGUGCUGGCAGGCAAGACACGGGUGCUGGUGACACACAGCAUCAACUUCCUGCCCCAGAUGGACUUCAUCAUAGUGCUGGCUGACGGGCAGGUGUCUGAGGCGGGCCCCUACCCAGCCCUGCUGCAGCACAGCGGCUCCUUUGCCAACUUCCUCUGCAACUACGCACCUGACAAGCCUGAGAAGAACCUGAAGGAAGGCAGCAGGACCGGCCCCCAGCAGUCCCGGGGCUCACGAGAGUCCUCUGUCCUUGACCGCCAUGGCCUGCAGGUGAAGCUGAGUGUGUUCUGGGAUUAUGCCAAUGAGGGCAUGGGGCUCUAUACCAUAGUGGCCAUCUGUCUUCUGUACCUGGGUCAUAGUGUGGCUGCCAUCGGGGCCAGCGUGUGGCUCAGUGCCUGGAGCGAUGAGGCUAUGGUGGAUGGCCGACAGAAUAACACCUCCGUGAGGCUGGGUGUCUAUGCUGCCUUGAGUGUUUUGCAAGGGCUCCUGGUGAUGGUAUCAGCCAUCACGCUGAUGGUGGGGAGUGUCCAGGCUGCACGCUCGCUUCAAAGGGUGCUGCUGCACAAGAUGCGCUGGCCACAGUCCUUCUUCCAUACGACGCCCUCAGGCCGGAUCCUCAACCGGCGGCUCUCUAAGGACAUCUACGUCAUCGAUGAGGUUCUGGCCCCCACCAUCCUCUUGCCGCUGAAUUCCUUCCACAACUCCAUCUCCGCCUUCGUGGUCAUCAUAGCCAGCACGCCGCUCUUCACUGUGGUCACCCUGCCUCUGGCUGUCCUGUACAUCGCGGGGCAGCGCUUCUAUGUGGCUACGUCACGGCACCUGAAGAGGCUGGACUCCGUCAGCCGCUCGCCCAUAUACUCCCACUUUUCAGAGACGGUGACUGGCACCAGCGUCAUUCGGGCCUAUGGCCGCAGCCAGGACUUCAAGGCCAUCAGUGAUGCUAAGGUGGACACCAACAUGAGGAGCUCCUACCCCUACGUUGCCUCCAACAGGUGGCUGUGGGUCCACGUGGAGUCCGUGGGGAACUGUGUUGUGUUCUUUGCUGCACUCUCUGCUGUGAUUGGCAGAAACAGCCCGAGUCCGGGGCUGGUGGGCCUUUCUGUGUCCUACGCCCUACAGAUAACAAUUAGUCUGACGUGGAUGAUCCAAAUGAUGUCAGACUUGGAGUCUAACAUCGUGGCCGUGGAGAGAGUCAAGGAGUACUCCAAGAUAGAGACUGAGGCCCCCUGGGUGGUGGAGGGCGGCCGUCCUCCCGCAGGCUGGUCCCUGCGGGGCGAAGUGGAGUUCUGGAACUUCUCUGUGCGCUACCAGCCGGGCCUGGAGCUGGUGCUGAGUUACCUGAGUCUGCGCGUGCACACUGGCGAGAAGGCGGGGAUCGUGGGCCGCACCGGGGCCGGCAAAUCGUCCACGACCCUCUGCCCGUUCCGCAUCCUGGAGGCCGCGGAAGGUGAAAUCCGCAUUGACGGCCUCAACGUGGCAGAUAUGGGACUCCACGACCUGCGUCCUCAGCUGACCGUCAUCCCCCAGGACCCCAUCCUGUUCUCCGCGUCCCUACGUAUGAACCUGGACCCCUUUGGGUAUUACUCGGAGGCAGAUCUAUGGCGAGCCUUGGAGCUUUCCCACCUGCACACCUUUGUGGGCUCGCAGCCGGAGGGCCUGGACUUCCAGUGCUCCGGGGUAGAAGACUUCGUAUCAAAUGACACAGAACCUGACCACUUCUUUUCUUUGGCUAGGGUCCUUGUCCUGGACAGAGGGACAGUAGCUGAAUUUGAUUCUCCAGCCAACCUCAUCGCAGCCAGAGGCAUCUUCUACGGGAUGGCCAGAGACGCUGGACUUGUCUAAAAUAUAUUCCUGGGACUUGCUCCUGGCCAUUGCUGGUUUUCAUCAGGAGAGAAAAAGACACCAAGCACGUCUGCAGGAUGGACUUGAUGGCAAACACUGGAGGCAUUUGCUAGAUUCUUGCCCUGCAAAGUGCCUCACAGAAUAAUUGUGCUAAAUGCUUUAGAUGAGGAAGUGGGGCCCAAGAGGUGAACUACGGGCCCGAGGCCACAGCUAGUUUGAGGCAGAGCCCAGACUGGUGCCCGGGGUCUCCUGAUUCCCAACCUAGUGUUCUUGCCACGCUCUGCUGUUUUCAGUCAUUUCAUGGAAUGACCUCUCCACUCUGUCUGAUUUUUUGUAUUUUCUGCUCAGAAGGAUUUUUUUUUUUUUUUUUAAAGUAAAGCUUUUUCCUCCUGGAACAGCAGACUGCCGGGUCAGGGUGUCCUUAGGAACUGAGUCCUGUACUCUGGGGUGCUGGCCUGAAUCCAUUAAAAAUGGAGCACUGAUGAAAUAAAGCGACAUGGUCAACAA